UUAGAUUUUAAUGGGUCAUUCGAAUUUAUUCUUUCCACAAGGUAUGACAAUAAUCGUUAUAAUAUACCGAUGCAGGACCACAGCUCGUCAGCCUAAAUGUUUGAUUUUAUUAGUAUUAGUUAAAAGAAAAGAAGAAAAAAAUAUAACUAAUGUGGGGAACGUUUGGGAUUUCGGAGAUGAAUAUUUGGUGCUCUCUUAAUAUUGUGAAUGGAGAAUACAAACUUCCGGUUCCCAAUGUCACUUUCUGUUAGUUUGAAUGUAAACUCGAUAUCUCUAAGUAGUGCAGUUUUCGACAAUUUUCCUCAUUAAAAACAAGAUGGAAAGUAAGGAAGUUCUGCACAGAUAUAAUACUGACAUAACCAAUGAAUUUUUCUACAAAUACAGAGAAAAGAUACAUCCCAGCAUUUUAACAAAAUUGUUUUAUGGAGAUGACAGAGAUUUGUUAACCAAAACAUUGAAUAGUACAAAAUUAGGCUUAUAUGGCGGUGAGUAUUUUCCCUAUUAAAUUUAUGUAUGUUAUAUUAAAUAUUUGGUAAUUUACCACUUGAGCGUCGGCCAAGAAAAAAUCCAGCUGUUCCGGUUUGAAGGGCUAUUUAAACACUUAUUAUUAUCUUGUUUUUACGAGGUUGUACAUAUUCAUUCCAGCACAUAUACAGUAGAACAAAUAACACAAGACAAUUUAAAAAAAAAUAGAAAAUGUAAAACAAUUUAAUUUAAAAAAAAAAUUAAAUAGAAGAAAUCAAACAAUGUAAUGUGUAAAAAUGACAUUAUGCAUAAUUCUCCCCCAAGGCGAGAAUGAAGUUCUUGAAAAUAUCAUUUGGGGGAGAACUACUGUGAAUUUACCGAAGAAGUAAGAUUACAAAAAUAUAGUCCAUUCAAUUAUCUUUCAUUUGUUACCUAAUUUUGUCUUACAAACCCUACAAUAAUUUUAAAAAUAUUUUUAAUAAACCCUAACACUCGUUUCUCGGACUUGGGUCCGAAUAGCUGCAGCCUUAUAGUUUAUAUAAGAUUCUGUGUUCGGACUCCCUUUCGUAUAUUUUUAGGGAAUUAUUUUUUAUUUAUUAGUAUUAAUACACCUCAAUACCGCCCCCGCACGCAGUUUGCGCAUGUCUGAAAGUAACGCAAAAACUUGUGUGGCAAUAUUAAUAUACGGCAUAGCGAGGGUGUUGUUUUUUUGCAUUGUACUUCACAGUUUGUUAAUAAUAGUAUUUAAAUUAUCGGUGACGUGGAGCACAUAUUUUUCCAAACACUGGAAUACCAAAUUUGCAGCAUUUAGAAUCUUGUGACCGGUAACGCAUUUAAUUUUUUCAUCAGUAUGUACGUUAAUUGCUUAUUACUUUUUAAUGUAAAAAUUCAAAUGCAUAGUGGUUUAGCUCAAUACUUCUUCUUCUUCUUCUAUAUCUUAAGGGCCCUAUUUUGGCUCCUAUGCAUGUAGAUGGGAUUUGCAAUGUUUCUGUUACUGGUGUGGAUGAGGAAAUCAUGCACAAGGGGUUUGAAGGCUGGAGGCAAUAGACACAAAUGUGUCUAGUGUUGUCGCCUCAACCGUUCCUUUUGAAAGAUUGUUCCAGUCCCCGAUUGUCUUGGGCAAGAAUGAGCAGCUCCUAUACUGGCUUCUUGCUGGUAGGAGCCUGAAUUGCCUGUCAUGGCCUUGUCGCUGUCUAUGGGGGAGAGGGACGAGUUUCUGUUUAAUACUGGAACAGUGGACCAGCCCAUUAUUUAUCUUGUACAUCAUGGAGAGCCUGGAUUGUCGUCGUCGUUUCUCCAAUGGUGACCAGCCUAGUGUUUCUAGCAUGCUGCCAACACUAGAGGUAUUCCUGUAGCGGUUUAGGACAAAGCGUGCUGCUCGUCGCUGGACCGCCUCCAACCUGUCAAUGCUCUUCUGGGUAAAUGGGUCCCAGACUGAAGAUGCAUAAUCUAAAAUCGGACGGAUAAAGGCUUUAUAUGCUCUUUCUUUCACACAGGAGUUGCCAAUCUUUAGAUUUCGCCUUAAGAACCCUAAGGCUUGGUUUGCUUGGUUACAUACAUUGUUAAUAUGCUCGUCCCAGCGGACCUCUCUUUGAAUGGUAACACCCAGGUACUUUACGGAGGAAACUUGCUCAAGAAUAUGGCCGUGCAGUUUGUAUUGGUAGUGUAGAGGAGUACAACUUCUAGAGAUUGAUAGUGUCUGGCACUUGGCAGGGUGAAAUUCCAUGUCCCAGCUUAUCUCCCACUCAGCUAACAGAUUGAGAUCCUGUUGUAGCUGGUCCUGGUCCGAUCUGUUGGCGAUCGUCCUAUACACUGCAGUGUCAUCUGCGAACAGUCUUGCCUGUGAUGUCAGUUUCUCGGGUAGGUCAUUAAUGUAUGCUAGGAACAAACAGGGGCCCAGGACUGAUCCCUGGGGGACCCCUGACUUCACAUCGACAAAGGAGGAGCUUGUACCACCCACCACUACUGCUUCAUUCAUUCACACAGUUUAAUAACUUUACUUCAUUAAAAUUAGCCCUAGCGCACAAAAGUUAUGCCCAUCUGACUGGAAGGUGUAAGAAAAUAAAAUUGUUAUUAGUCACCCGAGUCAUCCCCCCUCACACAAAAAAGUGGGUUGUCGGAAAUGGUUCUUGUUACCAAUUUAAUUUAAAGAUAUUUUCAUUGAUUCAUUAUAGUUCAUCUUUGAUAAAACAUUUUUUGCAAGAGAAAAUUUUAACUUUCUGUUGCAAACUUGGAAUUCCUUCCAUAUCCAAUAAGGCGGAACGUUUGGAUGCAGAUGACUGCGACAAAGUUUAUGAAGGAGAGAUUUAUGGGAUUCAUCAACAAGACAACGAAGUCACUGUAGGGCAUUCUACCCAGAAAAUGGCAGGCAGAAGAUUCCCAUUACCUUUUAAAUUUAAUGACAUACCCCGUACGGAUAUGCUUGUAAUUAGUUUUAUGGGUGAGAUUAGUAGUUUUUAUUUAUAAUCUCAUGCAUUCAAUUUUAUUUAAAAAAAGACAUCUACUUACCUUUUAUUAAUAUAAGAAUUGAUACAAAAUUAAACUGAAGAAUAUAAUUCAUUAAAAUUAAAGUUAAAGUAUAAAUUAACAUGUUAUUUUUUGGUUUUUCUUUUAAAAAUCAUGAUUUUUCCAAUUUUUCUGUUUAUGUUUUUUCUAACAAAAACUCCAAUAAAAUUAUCCAAAAUACAAAGACUUAAUGUUAUGUAAAAGUUUUGUUGUUUGUUGUGUUGUAUAUUGCACUGAGAAUGUCUCCUGAAAAUUCGGUGUCAUUAUCUUUUAAAAUAAAAAAGUUGUGGACAAAUAAAGCAGAAAUGUGGAAAGUUGGUCACUAGUUUUUUUUAGUUAAAUACAAAGAAAAAUUAGGAGGAUUAAAAAAGUCACCAAAAAAAUCUUUUUUUCCAUAACAGACAGAAAGAUGAAAUUGGUGUUUUGUAAAGGUUAAAGGUAGCCCUUUAAAAUGAUGUAUCAUUUGUGGCAAUUGGACAAUAUUUAAAAUUUGUGUCAAAGUACCUAUAUAAUUGUUGUUUUUUUGUUUGUUUCCUGAGUUUAUUUUCGGAUAAAUGGAAAAAUGAAAUGAAAGCUUAAAAUAAACAUGACAUAACAUUUUAAUUUAUUUUUUGAAAAUUUACAUUACCGUUUAUUGAUUGGAAGAAGUGGCGUCGAGGAAUAUUUCAACAUUGAAGUGCUACUACAAAAGUUGAUGUGAAUAAUUAGCGGAUAGUAAAAUAAAAGUUAAAUUUUAUGUUAAUUAUAUUACUUGCCAUUUUGCUUCCAUCUAAGUGUCAUUCUGAGCGUUUGAAAAUAUAAGAAAGUUGGCUUUGUUGGUAAUGUUUAUGAAAAAUAGAGAAAUUAUUUUUUAUAUGAGGUACUUUAAAAUUAUGCAGAUAUAGAAAAAAGAAUGAUACAAUUAAAAUUACGUAAUUGCUUCAUUUGUGGAAAAUGGGUUUCAUAUUGAAUUUAUUUAUUUAUGUAUUCUAUUGAUUUUCUUAUAAUGACUGGAUAUUGUUUUUGGUGGAACUUGAAGUAAAAUGUGUAAAAGUGUAUUCCAUAAAACUGUAAGUUUGGUUUUCAUUAUUUUGAAAUUAUUUUAUUUUGUUUUUAUCAGUGUGUAAUUGUAGAAGUGUGGCCGAAAAUAUGUUUUUUACUUGGGACUUGAGGUUUAGCGGUUUAGGGUUAGUUUUAGGGUUCAUGUUAGGUUUAGUGAUAAAUUUAGGGUUCAGGUUUGGUUUAAAGAUAGGUUGUUUUUUUUUCAGGUUAAGGGAUGGCAGCUGCCCACCAAUAAAAUUAUGUAUCACCUGAUUUUACUUCAUCAAAUUUGCAUGAUUUUUGCUAAUUAUUUACAUUUUUAAAUUUGCAAUUUGUGGAUUUUUUCGCUUCUUCCAUAUUUUCCAUUAUUUUCCAUUUUUAUGGAACAAACUUUUUAAAAUAAACUAUUAGUUUCUGUUUUUAAAAAAAAGAAAUCUACGUGUAAAAUUGCUUAUUUUCCUAUCUUUCAGUAAGUAGUUGAAAUAACACAUUCUCUCCCAUCCUCUCCCUUUUUUAUCACAUGUUUGUUUGCACUAUUUUUAUUUUACUCCUUCGCGUACUUCAUUGACACAAUCUUUGACCUUAGACGGAUCGUGUCAACCAAGAUGGUGGCCAUGGAAAAAAAAUGUCGUAAUCUCUUUGCAUUUACCCAAAGUUGUCUGUUACAAAAACUAUUGUUACAAAAACUUGCUGUUGUAAAUUAAUUAUGUUCUGACCCAAUUAUUAAAAGUAUUGGGUCUGAAAUGUUUAAUGUUUGUAUUAACAAACAAAGGUUCCUUUCCUCUACGCUUUGAUUAGUACUGCUAUUAUGGUUAUGUCUAGGGUACGAUUAAUUUCCUGAUGAAGUAUUCUACACUAAUCCUACUUCACACUCACUCUAUCAUUCAAGGAAAACUCUCACUAGCUCUCACUUGCAAGUCUAUUAAUACUUAAACUAUACUAAUAACACAAGAGUGGUUCAGCCCACAAAUAAAUAUUUAAUUAUAAGAAAACAGAACUAUCAGCAUACAAAUUACAUAUACUAUACACAUAAACAGGAUAACAAGAUACUGCCCAAUAUUAUUGUAUAGUAGGCUCUCAAUGGCGAUCUGGUCGAAUAAGCAAGUCCCCACACACACACACCACAGCGGCCCUCUGCUCGGGUCACAACGUACUGCGGGGUUGGGCGGCUUGACUGCGUAAGUGUCUCCGGUCACUGGCACUGCGAGGAGGUAGGUGCCGACUUUGAACUUUACUGUGGGUAACACACACACAGUAUAUGCUACCGUCUUGUUGAUUCCUUUGGCUUAUCUCCUGCUAAUAACUGCGACUCCUUUACUGAACUGUACUAGCUUUAGUUCCAGAUAUUAUUUAUUGAACACCUCUGACCAAAUAUUUACUUUACAAAUACUUUCUGGUCAAAUAUUCUUUACUGGCCAAAUGUUACAUACUGUAACUUAUUUCAUGUAAUUUCUUCACUUUACGUAACUUCAGUUUACUUCACUUUACGUAACUUCAGUUUACUUCACUUUACUUAACUUUACUUUACUUAACUGGCUAGAAAUGAGAAUAAUAAAUACAAUGCAUAAGACAUAGCUAAGAAUUACAAAUCACAUCACAUUAUAAAUUAUUAAUAGUUAUCAUAUUCAAACAUUAACAAUAGUAACUAUGGUCCUACCAUUUUCUUAAUAACAUUACAUCUACGACUCUACAUACCAGUACAUAUGAAUAUGAAAUAGAACAAUACUAACCCGACACAAUCGGAUAAACACACUUUAUCAGCUAAUUAUGCCAGCCAGGCUCUUCUGACAUAAUUCAGGUAAGAGAGGCCGAUACAUGAUUUGGGCUUUCAAUAUAUACUCUAAGUUUGGCGUGCUUGUCCCGCAUUUAAGCGUGGCAUCCCAGAGUCGUGUUUAAAUGACUCACAAGCGUGGCUUCGGAUUCCGUUACGCGUUGGUCAUCAGAGUGACAACUCAGAGUUGGGACGCUUGAUAAGAAUGAGUGUAUUGCUUAAACUGGGUCAUGGCCAAAGUGAAUAAGUUCAUUUCCAUUGUUAUUUGAGUCUACUUGUAUUAUUUUAAGGCCCAGCCUAAUUGUGUCAUAUCGCGUGGGGUAGCGCUGAACGCGUGGGGUAGCGCUGGAGAGAGUGGAGCCAGCGGGUCUCACAAAGGUGAGGACCAGCGGGUCUCAACAUUGUCCUAGGAAAUAAUUUAAAUUAUCAAAUCAGCUAUCCCUUUCUAUCAACUUUGAAUUCAUUGAGCAAAAAACAAAAUGUGACAGGAUGACUCCAAAAAUCAGGUGUUGUUCGUCCAUCAAAAUCGACUAGGACCAUUGAGUCAUCCGGUUGGGGUGAGGGUGGGUUACGGUGAGCUCGUAUGUGGCUUGCUAACCCGAUCCAUGCUCGGAAUAAUCUCUGGCAUCGCGGGCAGGGGAUUGUUGCUGCAGUCGGUGAUCUAAUGUUGCUUGCUAGCCUACGUGUCUCAGCUGUGGUUAUCCUACUGGCUUCAUGAGAUUUAGCCCUCGUCUUGACAGUUGCUCUCCACCUGACUCUGUCCUGGGCUGUCUGCACCCAUUGACUAGGGUUGAUGCUGAAGGACAUUAAUGCCGCUUUCAGUGAGUCUUUGUUAAUUUUUUAAAAAUCUUUUUGGGAGCGCUUGCCUAUCAUGAGUUCUCCGAAGAAUAUCUACUUUGGGAGCUGGUGGUCUUCCAUACGGGCUAUGUGUCCCAUCCAACGGAGUUGAGAAUGCAUCAGGGGGGUGUAGAUACUUGGUAGGUUCGCUCUAGCGAGGACCUCUGUGUCAGGAACUUUGUCUUGCCACCUGAUGCAGAGGAGUUUUUUUGGGAGGUUGUUCAGUUUCUUGGCGUGACGCUGGUAAGCUGUCCACGUUUCACAUUCAUAGAGCAAAGUCGAGAGGACUGCUGCGCUAUAGACCUUGAUCUUCAUUUCAUUUCUUAUACCUCUCCUGCCCAAACAGUACAGAGGAAUUAAGAUUUUGCGAGUCUUGCAUUCAUUUCAUCAUCCAUGAGGACUGAUCUGGAGAGGGUGCUGCCCAAGUAUGUAAAUUUAUCCACCCUGUUUAAGACGCUGUCCGCUGAUGAUGAUGUUGGAUUCAACGUAGGGCUUACUGGGAGCUGGCUGAUACAUCACCUCAGUCUUCUUUGUGUUGAUUGUAAGGCCAAAGUUAUUGCAGGCCUCAGAGAAGACAGCAACGCUGUGUUGCAUGACGGCUUCUGAGGCAGCGUUGAGUGCAUAAUCGGUAUGGGUGUAAUCAUAAGCUUGUUAAUUGUAAUUUAUUGUAUAUGUUUCAUUUACAGUCAUCCAAUCCGAAGCUAGAUUAUCUAGUUCAGAGCUCUGCAACCUGUGUGCCUAGUGGUCCCUGCAUCGUAAUUCCCCUAGGAAUUGUGAAGAUGAUAUAAUUGUUUGAAACGAAAGCGACAAUGAUUGGCUCAUAAUGCUUAAUAACAAGCUGUUAAACGUUUCAUGUCAAAUAGUAUGCACAUAUGUAGGUUUAAAUUUGGCGUGGGACUCACACAUGAAAAGUCACUAUCCCAAUGUGUCUGAAGCAGCAAGUGAAAUAUGUCUCUAUUUCUUUGAUUGCAUGCAUUUCACAUCUCUACUGUCUUAGUACUGUGUGAUAGUUCUACUUGGUGUUGAUUGCUGAUUCUUUAAAAAUUGUUUACACUUACAAGGUAACAUCUAAUUACCGUUAAAUGAAAACAAAUAAACCACAAAGUCUCAUCCUGAGUCAAAAUGGACCCAGACACGCAGCGCUGCCAUUCGCACCUGGGUACCAUUAGACUCAAGCUCAUGUGGAUGUCAUUUGUUGUAGUUUAUUUUAGUAAAAGUGAAGAAUUAAGUUUACAAACAUAUAGUCCAUUCAAUUAUCUUUCAUUUGUCUUACAAACCCAACAAUAAAAUUUUAAAUAGUUUUUUAAUCUCAACCUCUUACUUCUGGUACCUGGGUACCAAUAGUCGCAGCCAUUUUAAUUUUGUCUUUUAAUGGUAAAUAUUUCUUUGUGUUUAAUCAGUAUCUGUACAGAUUUAAAAAAAAAAAAAAAAUAGAUAUAAAAUUUACACUUUUAAGUAGAUACAAGCAGUUGCGUACAAAAAAAGUGUAAAGAGAUUUUUAUUUUAAUUUUGUUUUUUAAUGGUAAAUAUUUCUUUGUGUUUAAUAAGUAUCUGUACAAAUUUAAAAAAAAAAAAAAAAAUAGAUAUAAAAUUUACACUUUUAAGUAGAUACAAGCAGUUGCGUACAAAAAAAGUGUAAAGAGAUUUUUUAUUUCUGCUCUAUUGAUAUACACCCUUGAACAGUGUUGACUAUUUUAUAUAAUUGUCCUGUUAUAAAAAUCUACCAUGGCUCAUGUUAUUUUCAAGUCUAUAAGAAAUUUGAAAAAACACAUUUUAAAUGUUUGUACCGGUACGUGUAAACAACAGCGAACCACAUUUUUUUUCCUUUCAUGUUUUAAUUGUGGUUUGCCAUGGAAAUCUAAGAAGGGUCUAUUUGUGUCCUGUGGGGAAAAAGGUUGAGAAGCCUGAUCUACUAGAUAAGACAGUAGAUAACUGAUGGUUAAAUAAAAGAGCAGGAUGCCACCUGAACCACCAGACUGAACAGGUUGCCACCAGAGCAGGGACAUUUGGAGGAGGUGUAUGGUUAAUUGUUAUUAUUUUUAGUAAUUUUAUAUACUCUCUGUUGGUCUAUUGUAUCUUCAUAUGUUUGUAUCUCCUAUCUGAAGAUAUUCACCCCUACUACUUGUAGUGAAAUAAUCUAAAUCCUACAAUAAUAUUGGUGGCAGUUGAAUGAUUUAUUGUGUAUAUUAACUACCUACCUAAAUUUCCGUUUACUUUAUUUGAGAUUUAGGCAAUGGCUUUGGAUUUUUAAAUAAGUUAAAUUGUCGCUAAAACUCAAUAAAAUCACUCUGGCACACAAACUCAAAAUAAACCUUUUCAAAUGAAUUUAUUUUCAGCCAUUGCCAUGGGUGGACUUGUAUAUUCAUAUCAAAAAGCGCCUCCAUUUAAUCACUAUGCUGCUAUUGAGAGAUCUUUUACUCAUGGCACACCCUGGUGUAAGAAUUUAACUUGUUUAUUUUUAUACAUAUUCUAUAAAAAAAAUUUUUUUAGCAUAAUUCCUUCUGGAAAUUAAUAAUUCAUUAACAAUUUUCAACUCUUAGUUGUUUGACAUAAAGAUAUAAUAUAAUUUAUUUAAUGCAUUAUUUUCUUGUCAAAUUUUUUCUUCUCUCACCAUUGGUACUAAGGUUUCAGCAUAAUGUAAAAUUAAAUUAUUAUGAACACUCUGAACAGGUUAAGAAUUUAUCAUAUAUUUAAUAUGUUUUAGGUGAAAUGUUUUUAAUUUAAAUGUUAAUGUAUUAAAUAAAUAUUUGUUUCUUCUGAAAGAAACUAGUUAAACUAUAAAAUGCAUUUAAUAAGAGGGAAUGUGUUUUAAAUCUCAGUGAUUGCUGGCAUAGCUUAUGGCCUGGCAGUAGGUGCAAGUGCUCAACUAAGAGACGCAGAUGGACCCUUAAAUCACCUUUUUGGAGGAAUUGCCGGUGGAACUAUGCUGGGAACCUGGUGUAAGUUAACUAUCAAUACGUGUGUCCAGUACAUAUUUAUGCUGGGAACCUGGUGUAAGUUAACUAUCAAUACGUGUGUCCAGUACAUAUUUAUGUUGGGAACCUGGUGUAAGUUAACUAUGAAUACCGUUGAUAACCUUUCACAGCAAAUGACGCUUAUGUUGUCAACAUUGCCGUUGAUAGCCUUUCACAGCAAAUGACGCUUAUGUUGUCCUAAACCGCUACAGGAAUACCUCAAGUGUUGGCAGCAUGCUAGAAACACUAGGCUGGUCACCAUUGGAGAAACGACGACGACAAUCCAGGCUCUCCAUGAUGUACAAGAUAAAUAAUGGGCUGGUCCACUGUUCCAGUAUUAAACAGAAACUCGUACCUCUCCCCCAUAGACAGCGACGAGGCCAUGACAGGCAAUUCAGGCUCAUACCAGCAAGAAGCCAGUAUAGGAGCUGCUCAUUCCUGCCCAAGACAAUCAGGGACUGGAACAAUCUUUCAAAAGGAACGGUUGAGGCGACAACACUAGACACAUUUGUGUCUAUUGCCUCAAGCCUUCAAACCCCCAGUGCAUGAUUCCCUCACAAAGUGGCACUGGAAAUCUGUGAAAUUUCCUCAUCAACACCAGGAACAGAAACAUUGCAAAUCCCAUCUACAUGCAUAGGAGCCAAAAUGAUCAAUAAAUUGAUCGUGGGCCCUUAAGAUAUAGAAGAAGAAGAAGAAGAAGAACAUUGCCGUUGAUAGCUUUUCACAGCAAAUGACGCUUAUGUUGUCAACAUUGCCAUUGAUAGCCUUUCACAGCAAAUGACGCUUAUGUUGUCAACAUUGCCGUUGAUAGCCUUUCACAGCAAAUGACGCUUACGUUGUCAACAUUGCCGUUGAUAGCCUUUCACAGCAAAUGACACUUAUACAUUAUAUCAGGAUUUCUCAACCUGGGGUGCAAGCAUCAGCAGGGGUAUCGGGGGCAUUUCACGGUGGUGCAAGGAAAGGGAAUCAUUAGAACAGAGGAGACACUAACUUUCAGUUAUGAUAUGAAUAUUUUUAUGUUUUAAAACAUGACUACUUGAAGUCACUCAGUCACUAGUUCAUCCUCAAAGUUCUAGAAAUCUCUUUUCAAUUCAAUUAAUAAAUUAAAAGCCCAUUAUUUUAAAAUGAGAUUUAGUAAAACUUUCUCAGGAGAUGCAAGACUAGUCAGAUAAUUUGGGUUUACAAAAAAUUGUUUUUGUAUUCAUUGAGUGUUACAAUUCUUAGUUUAAAAUUCAAAUAAAAAUUUCUGCUUUUGAGCACUAUUUGCAUUUACUUUAACAUAAAUGUAUGUCAAUUUAAAUUAAUUUUACCUAGUUCUUUGUGGAUUCUGUGCCCUAGAUUAAGAAGGAUGAACGAUUCAUCAGGGAACAAAAACCAGAGAGCAUUUUUUAAAUAAAUGUAUUUAUAUCUAUAUUUUUAAAUUUAUAUUUUAACCACUUUUCAAAUUAUUUUAACAUCCUCAUUUCUUGUACCCAAAUAUAACAUUUCAAAUAUUGCUGUAGAUGAGUGCAACUGGUAAAAGCUUUCUGCUUCAAAAGUUAAUUGUUCUACUGUAACUUAUAACACAGAGCUGUUUUUAAUGUUUUGUGUUAGUGAACAGGAAAUUAUGCUGUUGUGUAUAGCAACGCAUUCCGAUAUAAGAUAAAUAUUUUUUUCUUGUUUUUAUCCAUUCAACAGAUAAGUCAGUGCGCUUUGGAGCCGGCUCAAGUGUCACACUUGUUUCAAUUGGUGCUGUUUGUAAAUUCUUGGCUGAUAGGGAUGAGUUGACGCCACAGAUUGUCAGGAGACCUCGUGUCUUUAAUAGUUACCGCACUGGGUGGUUCACCGAACGACCCAACCCUGAAGGCAUUCAGGAUGCCGAGCUGGAUGAUACAUAUAAGUUAUACAAACCUUGAUCUUUUUAAACAUUACUUGUUAACUGAUGAUAUAUCUGACUUACUUUUCUUGUUGUGCUGGUUAUGUUUGUAAAUAGUUUUGGGUUUUCCUUUUCAAUAACCAAACUAUUUUGUCUUUGUUAACAAAGUUAAAAGAAGUUGAAAUUAGGAAGAGUUUUUUUAUUAUUUUUAACUAAAUUAAACUCUAGAUGGGUUUAAAAUUUACAUACAGGUUAUCCUGUUUUAUGUUAGAUAGGUCACCAUACCUCAUCUUAGAUACAAAAUGUGUGUGCUGUGUUGAUUAUCAGACAAAUUGUUUUAUUUCACCGAUAGACAUUUCACAAAAUCUCUGUUCACUGUGCUCUUUUUUCAAACCAAUGAUAAUAUAGAUGUUCUUAAAAUUGAAUGUUAUUGAAUAUCUGGUUGUCUCCAUCUUUACCACAAAAAACGAAAAGGAGUGGUAACAAAUAAUCAUGGUUUGAACAUAUCAGCAUGCUGUUUCACAUUAUGAAUUAUGAAGAUAUUGUGAUGCUUCACUUCAGUGAAGGGGUGCCAAUAGUGUAAACUUAAGCAGAACACCACUGUCGAUUUCCACAGAAGAGUAUGUAAGCUCAAAUUGAAGUUUGGGUAAAUUUUGUUAGUAUACUUUUGAUUAUAUCAAAUAUCUCAGAAUCAUAGAUUUCAACAGAAACAAAGUUGUUGUUUCAAAUAGAUAAUAAAAUCAGUUGAAUGUAUUCAGUGCAUCAAAGUGUUGACUUUUUCCUAACUCAUAAAAAAAGGCGAAGUUAAUCUUUUUCCUUUGGCUAACUAAAUAAAAUAAAAAAUGUGCAUAGAAGAGAAAGCCUCAUUAUUUACAUAAAUAUGUACUGGGUACAGACUCAAAUUUAUUUCUCCGAACUCACCAUAAGCAUAAAAAUAUUAUCUGACCCAACUUUAUCACCCCACCCCCCAUUUCCCCCAGUGUAUAGUAAUAAAGUAGUAAUUCUGUGUAUGGUUACAAUGUAGUAAUUCUUGUGUCUGAAAAAGCAAGAUCCUUAAACAACAUUAUUACUACCCCUAGUACAUAAAAUCUCUAUUUGCAACAAACUAUCCCUAGUAAAAUAAAUGUCUAUUUUUCAACAAACAUGU